CCACAGUGAGGAUGCCCACUAAGAACCAACGCAGCCUGAGAUGUCAAGUUCUUCCUUUUGCCUCCACUUCCUAGCGGCUGCAACCACACAGCUCCAGAUGGCUCAGCAGUGCCUCCAAAGUGAGUAUUUUGACAACUUGCUGUACGUUUGCAAACCUUGUCACCUUCGAUGUUCCAAGGCCCCUCCUGCGCCGUGUCAGCAGUUCUGCAACGCAAGUAUAACCAGUUCAGCAAAAUCCAGCAAUGCAGUUCUCUGGACCUGCCUGGGCUUCUUCUUGAUAGUUUCUUUGGCAGUUUUCAUGUUAAUGAUCUUGUUAAAGAAGAUGAACUCAAAACCACUGAAGGAGGAAUUUAAAAACACAGGCUCAGUGUUGCUGGACAUGGCUGAUGCUGACCUGGACAGCAGGCCUGGGGAUGAUGCCAUUCUUCCAAGAAGCCUGGGCUAUACAGUGGAAGAAUGUACUUGUGAAGAAUGCACCAGGAACAAAGCCAAAGCAGACUCUGACCACAUCUUUCCGCUCCCAGCCACGGAGGAAGGUGCAACGGCUCUGGUCACCACAAAGACCGACGGUGACUGCAGGAGUCUGUCAUCUACUCCAGGCGUUGCAGUGAUGGAGAAACAAGUGUCUGCGAGAUAAACGAACUUCAUUACCGUCCACAGGACACCUCACUUCCCUUUACGAUGACCAUGUUUAUCAACUGCCAAGAGAGCCUUUGUCCUUAAACUGUGGAAACUGUAUGUUAGGUGUGUAUCUUGGUUAUAUUGUCCAGAUCUUAGCUGUGGAAAGUUCCUUGGUUUCAUGAUUAUUUUGUUUCUGUUGAAAAUUCUGAUUUGUUUUCGGGAUCAAAACGAAGUCUGUCCUAGUUAUGAAUGUUUAGUUUUCUAUUGAUCUUUCUCAGUGCAAUGCUCAGAAUGGUGUUAGUAUCCUCUAUCUCAUUUUCAUGAUUAAAUUCUUGACUC